AUGGGUGAUACCGCUGCUGCUGGUGGAGUUGAAAUAUCUCAAUAUACUAGAGACAAGGUUAGUUGUUUUGUUGUUGGAAAAAAUGAAAUGAUGGGUUUUUUUCAGGCGAGUAGAACUAGAAUAUCGAUUGAAUCUUAUUAUGCGCAACGUGUUACUCAAUGUGCCGAAAGAGAAAAUCGAUUGAAGAAACUUGAAGAGGAUAUGGCAGCCAGAGGUUAGUUUUUUGUCUUAUCGAAUCUGCCAAGGGUGGAUUUCAUUGAUAAAAAAUCAAAAUACAGCAGCAGAAGAGCACUUCGAGCUCCAGAAAACGUCAAUCCGUAUUUUUUUUAGAUUAGGAGUCGGAAUCUUGAACUAACUCAAAAAACAUUGAAUUUUGCGGUUAAGCGAAUUGUAGCUUUGAAGUUUGAAUGAAUUUUACUUGAUUUUCAAAAUUAAAAUUAGAUUCUCAAUAUUUUAUGAAAAUUAAAUCAUUUGAUUUUUUGCUUACUGAAAAAGUCAGAAGAUGUCUGUAAUUUUGCAUUUUCGCAGCUGAAUGUUUGAUAUAAUCAAAGUACACCAUCUCAAAAUCUUUCCAAAAAAAAAAAUCAUAAUUUUCAGGGCUGAGCGAUGAGGAAAAAGACGAAAAGCGCAAAAUUCACAAUUCAAAAGAAACCGACUAUCUCCGCUUGAAAAGAACUCGUCUAACUGUUGACGAUUUCGAAAGCUUGAAAGUUAUUGGUCGUGGCGCAUUUGGUGAAGUUCGCCUUGUUCAAAAACACGAUACGGGUCAUAUUUAUGCAAUGAAGAUUUUACGAAAAAAUGAGAUGGUUGAAAAAGAGCAGGUAAUUAAAAAAAAAUUAAUUUGAAGCAUUGGGCAUCAUUUUCAGACUGCUCAUGUGCGCGCGGAACGUGAUAUUUUGUCAGAAGCUGAUUGUGAUUGGGUUGUGAAAAUGUAUUAUUCCUUCCAAGAUUUCUCCAAUCUCUAUCUUGUUAUGGAAUUUUUACCAGGAGGUGAUAUGAUGACACUUUUGAUUAAAAAGGAAACAUUAUCUGAAGAAGCUACACAAUUUUAUGUUUCUGAAGCUGCGUUGGCAAUUCAAUUCAUUCAUAACAUUGGUUUUAUUCAUCGAGAUAUUAAACCAGAUAAUUUGCUUCUUGAUGCAAGAGGUCAUGUGAAAUUAUCUGAUUUCGGAUUGUGCACAGGAUUGAAAAAGUUCCAUCGAACAGAUCAUUAUAGAAAUUGGCCAUCUACACUUCCACCAGAUUUUAUUUCAAAACCAUUUGAAUCAAAAAGAAAAGCUGAAACUUGGAAGAAAAAUCGUCGCGCUUAUGCUUAUUCAACUGUUGGAACUCCAGAUUAUAUCGCUCCAGAAGUUUUUCAACCACAUGGAUAUACAAAAAGUUGUGAUUGGUGGAGUCUUGGUGUGAUUAUGUACGAAAUGUUGAUCGGAUAUCCACCAUUUUGUUCGGAACAUCCACAAGAAACUUAUCGAAAAGUUAUCAAUUGGCAACAUACUUUGGUUUUUCCAGCUGAAGUUCCAAUUAGCAUUGAAGCCAAAGCGGUUGGUUUUUUUUUCUGAUAAUGCCAUUAUCAGUAUUUCUAUGAUAAUAUUUCAGACAAUCAAGCGUUUUUGCUGUCAAGCGGAGCAUCGUUUGGGACAUCACGGAGGCCUUGAUGAAAUCAAACAAUGUCCAUUUUUCCGAAGAAUUGAUUGGAAUCAUAUAAGGUUAAUUUGAAAAUAUAUAAGUUCAACUAAACAAUUUGAAAUUUCAGAGAGCGCCCGCCACCGGUUCGUGUUGAAGUGAAGAGCAUCGAUGACACUUCGAACUUUGAUGAUUUUCCAGAUGAGGAUUUGUCGUGGCGUAAGUUUUUAAAUUGCGAUUCAUGAUUAAGUGUAGACAUUUUUUUGCAAAAACAUGUCUUGCAGCUGAAAUUUCGAGAACUGAAAAAGAAGCUGCGUUUUAUAGAAUCUAUGUUUGAUCUUUACCCCAAUACAAGUUGAGAUUGAAAAUCAACUAUUUUUAUCUAGAUCAAGUUGAAAAUCUAGAGAACUGGUUGGAAUUGUAAAAAUUUGAAAAAUAUACUGCAAGAAAAACCUAUUUUUCAGCAACAUCGAAUAUUAUUCGACCAGAAGAACAGCCAGGCCGUCGUGGAGAAUUUGUUGAUUUCACUUAUAAACGUUUCGAUGGGUUGACUCAAAAAAUGAGAUAUAGUGAUUUGAAAAAAGUGAGUUCUGCCAAGUCCUCCAAAAAAUCGUUUGUCUAUUGAGCAAUAAUGAAAUCCCUUCUCCAUUCAACAUUUUUGAAAUUAAUGAAUAUCUUCAUUCUCAUUAAAAAGUCAUUUGAAUAUGUGUAAAGUAUGUUGAGGAGUUGUUGGUCCCUUUUUCUUUUCGGAAAAACAUGUUAACUUCAAAGUUCAUUUAUUCAAAAUGACGAAAAUAAUUGGCCUAAUCAGAAAAAAAUAUUUAGUGUUUAGAGACCAAAAAAUAUUUUGAAUCAUUUUCAGCAAGCAAAAUUGGCGAAGAAAAACGCUGGACAAGGAUCAUCUGAUCAAACACCAGUCUAG